UCAAAGAAGAAGAAAAAAAUUCCACCCACUGGACUUCGCACUGAGGGCUCGCCGAAACCCUCGCCUUCUUCCUCCUCUCCGGUCCGUCCACCCGCCGUUCGCCUGGCCGGCUGCCUGCCCACCGUCGCCAGCGAUGGAGUCUUCCCAGCCGCCGCCCGCCGCCUCCAGCUGGAGCGACCUGCCCCGGGACACGAUUCUCGAGAUCCUGCUGCGCGUUCCAGCCAAGGAUCUCUGCCGCCUCCGGGCCGUCAGCCCGUCGUGGCGCGCCCUCACCUGCGACCCGCGCUUCAUCGCGGAUCACAAAUCCCGCCACACGGCUCCGCUCCUCGCCGUGGCCUACCGCGACCAAGAUAUGGCCAACGGCGUUGAUGUUGUCGACUUGUCCGGCAAUGUCGUCAGGAGGAUUCCGAGCAUUGAGAGCGAUAUUCUUACUACUGACAAGUCGGGCAAUGUCUACCCGUUGAUUCGAACCAGCGAAGAUAGCAUCCGUGUUGUGCGCACCCACCUUGAUCUCAUCUGUUUCACUAGGCAGUACCAUCCGCUGGGCAUCUGGGUGCUUAACCCGGCCACUGGCGCUACUCUCGUCUUGCCAAAGGAACACUCGGAGGAAUUGGCGCGUGAUGAUGAUGUAAAGAGGAAUUAUGGGCGUGGACAGAUGGAGUCAUGUGCUCUGGGGCAGGUUUCAUCCACGGGGGAGUACAAGUUGAUCCGUAUCAGUAGUGUCAGGGAUAGGCAGCUGUGCGAGGUCAUCACCCUUGAUGGCGCAAACUAUGGAAGCUGGAGAGGAAAGAAGAGCCCUCCGUCACCUAUCUGUGCCGGUCCUGGUGAAGCCAUGAAAUGUGUCGUCAUCGGUGGAGUGGUGCAUUUCUUGAUGAAUUUCUACUCUGGUUAUUGUAACACUGGGGUGAUGACCAUUGAACCCGGCAGCAUAGCUUCGUUCAACCUUGCGACAGAAGAGUGGAUGGCUACUCUGCGUGGUCCGUCACCGGUACGCACAUUUGUUCAGGACAACAAGGGGUUCAUUUACGCGGAUCUUACUCUCCAGUUAUCAUUGGCUGAACUGGACGGCUCCUUAGUCACAGUUCAGAACAUUCAUUACAUCUCUAUCGACUUGUGGUUGCUCACAGAUGUAGAGAAUGGAAUCUGGGAAAAGAAAUACAAUAUUCCGUCACAUGUUGCCCAGUUGUUUGUGUAUCCGUUUCUUGUACUAAAUGAUGGAAGGAUUUUGUUUUCUCACGGAGAGAAAUAUGUAACAAGCUAUGAUCCAAAAACUGGAACUUAUGUUUAUGCAUUGGAAGUGAGGGAUUCCAGAUCCAUUGGCAUAUACACAGGAAGCCUGCUGAGCUUGUAGAGGUGCUAUAACUGAUGAGGUGUGCCAAUGACACUGAUGAAUGCAUAGGGACCCAGGACAUUGUGGAUUUCUCAAGGAAAAUACACAUUUGAAUAGAAUGUUUUGUUCUGUGAUGAAGGAUAGGAAAAUCCAACUCAAAUGAUCUACUGUUCGAAGAGUGUUUUCGCCAUUGUGCAGUACUGUAGCCAAAGUACCUGAGUUUAACAGGAUAUUUCUUGUAACUGCAGAGGUCCAUUCUUUUUCUAGACCUGCACUAGAGUUGAGGUCUUUUAGAACAUGUUUGCCCUUUCCUCCCAUGAAGCUUACUUGGAGCACCUACAGUACAAGCAUAACUGAUGUAGAACGUGCAGGCGUGCAGCCAGUUUGUUGUUUGCUAUCUCUUUUGGGCUUGUUAAAAAAAAUGCUUAUUUGGUAGGAACCAGUAUAUUUCCUCCAAUUUGACACAUGAUCUCAUGUUUUUUGGGGCACUUUUGAGAA